AUGGUGCUUUUCAGAACCUCUGGAUUCACGGACAAGCCCAUCACCGUCCCGGACACCAUCACGACCUGGGAGACGGAGGCCUUCUGUCUGUCCUCGAAGGGCUUCGGUUUGGCACCGCGUGUCCAGUUCACCGUGUUCCAGCCGUUCUUCCUGGAGCUCACCCUUCCCUACUCCAUUAUCCGAGGAGAGCGCUUCAUCCUCAAGGCCACAGUCUUCAGCUACCUCGAGAGCUGCAUGAUGGUUGCUGUGAACCCAAUUCCUGGAAGCUACACCUUGACCCCAGUGGGCGGAGCUGAGCACACGUUCUGUCUCUGUGGAAAUGAACGUGUGACCCGAAGCUGGACUCUGGAUACUUCCAAUCUGGGCACCGUGAACGUGACGGUCAGAGCAGAGGCUGUUGCAUCUCCUGUUUCCUGUAACAAUGAGAUUGUCCAUGUGCCCCCGAGAGGCCGCGUGGAUGAGGUCACUCGCCCUCUCAUCGUGAAGCCUGAGGGAAUUGAGAUGUCAAACACACACAACCUGCUGCUCUGCCCUAAAGACGAGACUUUGACAGAAGAGCUUGCAGUUAAACUUCCUGAUGACAUGAUUCCGGACUCUGCGCGAGCGGCAGUUUCAGUGCUGGGUGACAUUUUGGGUCGCGCCAUGAAAAACCUGGAUGGCUUGUUGCAAAUGCCUUACGGCUGUGGGGAGCAGAACAUGGCUCUCCUGGCUCCGAAUAUUUACAUCCUGGAAUAUCUGGAAAAGACAAACCAGCUCACUCAAGAAAUCAGAGAUAGAGCCGAACAAUUUCUGACCAGCGGUUACCAGAGACAAUUGAACUACAAACACAGUGACGGAGCCUACAGCACUUUUGGAACAGGAACUGGAAACACAUGGCUGACCGCUUUUGUCGUGAGAACCUUUGUGAAAGCCAAACAUUUUGUCCACAUCGACCAAGCAAAUAUUGAUGAAUCAAAGAUGUGGCUGGAGUCAAAACAGGAGAACGGUUGCUUUGCGAUGCUUGGGAAACUGUUUCACAACAGAAUGAAGGGAGGAGUUUCAGAUAAUGUAACGUUGACCGCCUACAUCUCUGCUGCUCUGUUGGAGAUGGGAGUGCCUGCAGAUAAUGAGAAACUAUCCAAUGCCUUAACCUGCCUGAAGGAGUCGAUGAACGAUUUGAGCAACACUUACACCACGGCCCUGAUGGCCUACGUCUUCACUUUGGCCAAUGACUUAACAACCAGGACACAACUGCUUGACCAUCUCAACACUAAGGCACACAGAGAGGGUGGAUUGCUCCACUGGUCUCAGACGUCAGCUGAGACUUCUGCUUCGCUCUCGGUGGAGAUCAGCGCAUAUGUGCUGCUGGCUCUGCUCGGGAACAAUCCUGGUCCAAACGACCUGGGCGUCGCUUCCAACAUUGUGCGCUGGUUGACCAAACAGCAGAACUACUAUGGAGGCUUCAGCUCCACACAGGACACUGUGGUGGCUCUUCAGGCCUUGUCUCUGUACUCCACUCUGGUCUACAGUCCUGGUGGUCAGAGCACGGUCACGAUCAUUACUCCCAGUGGUUCUCAGACGUUUGAUGUGAACCAAAACAACAAGCUGCUUUACCAGGAGACAACCUUCCAAAACGUGGAGGGAGAUUACAGCGUGAGCGUACAGGGCAACACCUGCGCUGCCAUUCAGAUUGCUCUCAUGUACAACGUCCCGACACCCACCGUCACCUCUGCAUUCAAAGUUGAUGUGACUCACAAGGUCGACUGCGACAGCAACUUACUGAGACCCAAAAUGAACCUCUUCUUCAAAUCAGAGUAUAAUGGGGACCAGGAAACCUCCAACAUGGUCAUCCUCAACAUUAAGAUGCUCUCUGGAUUCAAACCAGAUUCUCGGUCUCUGAAAGAGCUGGAGGGCGCAUUGCUGGUCGAAAGGAUUGAAAAUGACCAAAAGGACAAUGACCAUUAUUUGGUCUACCUGAAAGAGCUACCGAAAGGCAUCCCCAUCAAUCAUCAAUUAGUGGUGGUACAGGAACGCGAAGUGAGUAACCUGAAGCCCGCCGUGGUGGUACUCUACGACUACUACCAGCCCAGCGACAGUGAUGAGACAGAGUACAGUUACCCCUGUGCUUGA